AUGUCCUCAGACCCUCGUUUCGCCCGUCUGAAGACUGAUCCUCGCUUUCGCAAACCCAAAAAGCAACAGUCUAAGGUUGCUGUCGAUGACCGCUUCAAGUCCGCAUUUAAGAGCGACAGCAAAAAGGGAAAGAAGGGCAAGGGAGCCCCACGAGUGGACAAGUAUGGCCGGCGUGUUGCAGAGACGAAAGAGACAGAUGAUCUCAAGCGUUUCUACCGUCUUGACGACGCCGACUUGGCCGCACCCGGUCCUGAUUAUGCUCGUGGAGAGGGUCUCGUCGAGUCUUCCUCUGAGGAGGAACCUGAAGACGCUGCCCCUGAUGCCGACGACAGUGAAGAUGAGGGCGUGGUAACUCUCGGUGCUUCCCGCUCUAAAACUGUCGACGAUAACGCUGAGAUCGACCUCGACGAGGAUAACUUCGCGGAUCUGGAUGCUCAGGCUGCUGCUUACACCCAAACCGUCGUCGAUGCUGAGGAAGAAGAGGAUGACAGCACACGCACUCGGAGACUGGCCGUGGUGAAUCUGGAUUGGGAUCAUGUCCGCGCCGUUCACUUGCUCAAGAUCUUUGAUUCUCUCAUCUCUCCUGUCGUUGGUGCUUCCUCUUCGAAAACCUCGGGCUCUAUCGUACGCGGCAAGGUUCUGAGAGUACGCGUCUAUCCCAGCGAGUUCGGUAAAGAGCGCAUGGCUCGCGAGGAACGAGAAGGGCCUCCAGUAGAGCUGUUCAAGAAGAAGAAGGCCGCGGAGGAAGAGGAAGUAGAUGCUACAAACAUCUACGAAACGGGAGAUGCGGACGAGUACGACGAGGAUGCCCUGAGAAAAUACCAGCUUGAGCGGCUACGAUACUACUACGCUGUCGUCGAGUGUGAUAAUACGCAAGUUGCGUCGCAUAUAUACAAUGAGCUCAAUGGUACAGAGCUUGAACGCUCGGCGAAUGUCUUCGAUAUGAGCUUCAUACCUGAUGAAAUGGACUUCGACGGCGCAUGGCGGGAUGAAGCGACGCCGGCAGAGUUAACCUCUCACUACCGUGCGCUGGAAUUUACUACGGAUGCUCUCCGCCACUCAAAAGUGAAGCUUACUUGGGACGAGGACGACCCUGAGCGUAAUCGUGUCACCCGUCGCACCUUGACUAAGAAGGAAGUCGAAGAGGGAGACUUCCGCGCCUUCAUCGCGUCUGGCUCUGAGUCUGAACCGGAGAGCAAAGCAACGAGGAAGGCGAUGGGCCGUGACAAACUGCGCGAACUUCUCCUUGGUGGGGGAGGUGACGCGCUGCCCGAGGGCUGGGGCAAUUCUGGCUUUGACGGUCCCGGUGAUGACGACGACGUAGACAUGGAGGUCACGUUCAUGCCGGCACUGAGCGAGAAGAAGGAUGAGGAGGAGACGACGUUGGAGAAAUAUCAGCGCAAGAUGCGGGAAAAACGCAAGAAGCGCAAGGAGGAGUGGAAGGAGGGCCAGGCGGACCGCGAAGAGUCCUCCGAAGCGGCGAAGCCGUCGCGUAAAGGCAAAGAUACACCGAAGGACGACUUCUUCGAAGACAGUGGGAGUGAUCUCGUAGCAGAGGCGCUGGCGAAGAAUAAGGAUAACGGUCGGAAAAAGAUGGGAAAGAAGGUGAAGAAAGCUGAGGAAGCCGGAGAGGUUGAGGAGAGGCUACCAUCUACGAAGGAAGAGCUAUCACUGGUCGUCGUGCCGGAUGGGAUUGGGAACGAACCGAAACAUUUCGAUAUGAAGGCGGUUCUUCGUGUCGAGAAGGGUAGGAAAAGGAAUAAGAACAGGCGUGGAAAGAAUGGCGACGAUGAGGAUGAUGGGGAGCGUGAGUUGCAGGAGGACUUCUCCAUUGACGUCAAGGACGACCGCUUCAACGCGGUGCACGAGGACUACACGUUUGCCAUCGACCCCAGUAACCCUCAUUUCAAAAAGACAAAGUCUAUGUCUGCGUUGCUCGACGAGAGGCAGAAGAGGCAGAAACAGAAACGUGGGCAUGACGAUGGAGAUGGGAUGGCAGCGUCCGAGGGAGGCAACGGUGAUCAGAGUCUGCAGAGCCUCGUCGAAAGCCUCAAGAGAAGGACGUCUUCGCUUACGGGAGGAGUCGGGAAGCGACGUAGGACAUGA